AUGAAGGCUAAGGAAAAAGGUAGGGGAUGUGAGGAACAAGUGAAAGAUUUUUUUGACAAAGAAGAUAUUGAUGAUGGCGGUUUGGUUGAUAUGAUGUGCACUUUUAAAGCUUCUAUUAGCCAACCAAAGGAUAAUUAUCAGAAAGGUGAUGGAUUCCAAGAUGCAAUGGAUGAUAUUAUUCGAAGUAUUCUUCAUGCUAAUGAUGACAAAGAUGUUGAGGAUGUUGAACCUAACCUAACAAAAACACUUGAUGAGGUUGAAGAUGCAAUGGAUGCUAUUCUUAAAGGUAAGUCAAUAUGA